AUGUCUGUCUCGAUUGAAACGAAUGACUUUGCUCCCGCCCCUGUCGCCGUGCAGGAUGGCCCUUGCCUUGGAUCCAAGACCAGAAUGCCCGAGUUCAGCCUGGCUGGAAAGGUUGUCUGCGUCUCUGGGGCAGCCCGUGGUCUUGGUCUGACCCAAGCGGAAGCUCUUUUGGAAGCCGGUGCCAAAGUUUACGCCUUGGACCGUUUGGAGGAACCCGUGAGUGUGACCCCAACAUAUCAGCCGGAUGGGGAGUCGCCCAGACAACUUGAUCUGUGUAACCCACCGGUGAAAGAGUCCCCAGAAUUCUACGAAAUCCAGAAGCGUGCACGCGAGGACUUGGGCACGGAACUCAACUACCGUCGGAUUGACGUCCGUGACACGGAGUUGUUGAACAGUGUCGUCGAAUCGAUUGCUGACACUGAAAGUCGUCUGGAUGGAUUGGUUGCUGCCGCCGGUAUCCAGCAGGAGACUCCGGCAUUGGAGUACACCUCCAAGGACGCCAAUACGAUGUUCGAGGUCAACGUUACUGGCGUGUUCAUGACCGCUCAGGCAGUUGCCAAGCAGAUGAUUCGGUUUGGAAAUGGUGGAAGCAUCGCUCUCAUUGCGAGCAUGAGUGGCACCGUCGCCAAUCGGGGUCUCAUCUGCCCGGCCUACAACGCUAGCAAGGCCGCCGUGCUCCAGCUCUCCCGCAACCUUGCCAUGGAGUGGGGCCCCUACAACAUCCGCGUCAACACCAUAUCCCCCGGCUACAUCGUCACCGCUAUGGUCGAGAAGCUGUUCAUCGAGUACCCCGAGCGUCGCGACCAAUGGCCCAAGGAGAACAUGCUGGGUCGUCUCUCCACCCCCAACGAAUACCGCGGCGCCGCCGUCUUCCUGCUCAGCGAUGCCAGCACGUUCAUGACCGGCAGCGAUCUGCGCAUGGACGGUGGCCACGCUGCCUGGUAG